AUGGCAGGAUGGUUGUCAGCACCGCUGCAGCUGCAUUCCAUGCGCAUGUUCGAGUGUGGUAAAAAGACACCAGAAGAAUGCGACUGGUACAAGCACCACUGGCAUUUUUGGUACAUUGCAGACUACGUUUUCGCAUUGCCUACCAUAGCAUUCUUCAUGUGCACUAUCGGCGUCUUCAUCAUUGGGCACGCAGUAUCGUCACUAUCUGGAUACAGAAGAGUGCGAGGACCACGCAUAUGGGGGAAAACUAUAGCAGUGGUGCGUUAUCUAUCGUACCGUGGUUUUUACGUCAAGGCGUUGCGAUGGAACUCGGCUCCAGUAGGCGUACUUCUCCUCGGGCUCAUUGGGACUAUAUUCUUCUUCUGCAUGGACUUGGCUCCAAAACCAUACUACUGGCCAGAUAUCAAGUUCGGCGGCUCGCCUCCCCUCGCGACAAGGUCGGGGUGGUUGGCGCUGGCAUGUAUGCCAUUCGUCUUUGCUACCGCGACCAAGACUAACUGGAUUACUCUGUGUACCGGUGUGUCACAUGAGAGGCUACAGGUGUUCCAUCGAUGGAUUUCGUAUGCUUUUUUUAUCCUUGCGCUUCUCCAUACAUUCCCCUUCAUCGUGUACCAUAUUCACUGGCAUGACAUGGAGGAUCACUUCGCUUCCAGCCUCUUGUUCUACUGGACUGGUAUCGUCGCACUGAUAUUCCAAGCUUGGCUCACGUUCAUGUCUCAUAGCACGAUAAGGAGGUUCGGAUACGAGUUCUUCAAAGCAACGCACAUAUUUGCCGCGGUCGUUUUUGUGGUGACUUUCUUCUGGCAUUGCGAUUACACUCUGACCUCUUGGGACUAUUUCAUCGCGACAGCUGCAGUCUACGUACCUUGCUACGUCUACCCUUGGCUUCGAACCUGUUUCGAAUAUGGUGUCACGCAGAAGGCCAGUAUCUCAGUAGAUGGUAGCGGUUUCAUUCGCGUUGUCAUUCCCACCAAAGCCGCGUGGAAGCCCGGUCAACAUUGUUUCCUACGAUUCACCAGCCUCGGUCUGCGACAUGCCAUCUCAAGCCAUCCCUUCACCAUCUGCUCCUUGCCAUCCAUGCAAACAAACAAGUCAAAUGAGCUUGUCUUCUACAUCCGCCCACACGGAGGUUUCACUGCCACACUGUACGCGUACGCGUUAGAGCAUCCUGGUUCCCUGGUGUCGGUCCUAGUAGACGGUCCCUACGGCGGGAUUUACCUACAAACUUACACCAACGUAGAUCAUCUGCUUGUCGUCGCUGGAGGCUCAGGUGCUGCUUGGUGUCUACCGUUCGUUGAGCAAUUUGUUAGAUAUGGCGUGCCUCGCCAAGAUGCUCGACUUGCCCACAAAGAGAAUGUUCAUGUCGAAAUAGGUUCAGAGACAGGUGGCCUUGUCCGGCCGAUGUCUCUGCGUUUAAUUCUCGCGACUCGCAACAACACCAACCGUACAUGGUUCAUCGGAGCGGUCAACAAGAUUUUGGACAAGUACGAAACAACUGAGUCGUCCUCCAACGUGCAUGUGGAGGUAUACCUGACAGGAGACGCCGCAAAAGAAGCCGAGUUGUCGAAUAAAGGCUUAGAAGAUGCGCUAACGCCCAGUGGAUCCUCAUCGGCAGGUGAUGAGAUCGGAAUACCCAAGCAUGACCAAGGUGGCACAGCACCACGCCCAGUGUUCGAAGGUCGGCCCCAAUUACCAUCAAUUAUCAAAGAAGAGGCAGAGAAAGUACGGGAAGAGCGGGAGUCACUCGGUGUAUAUGUCUGCGGUCCUACGACCAUGCAAAAUGAUGUGCGGAACGCAGUCGCCGCAGAGAAUCUGAAUAUCCUCAGUGGUUCGUCUAGAGCGGGCGGUGUGUAUUUACAUUCCGAGCACUUCUCUUGGGCUUAG